AUGCAGGACUCUCCAGGAGCCGUGGGCGUUGAUGGCAGCUACACCAGCAAUGUUCCCGCUUUCCUCACCAAGCUGUGGACGCUGGUGGAGGACCCAGAUACCAACCACCUCAUCUGCUGGAGUGCAACCGGGACAAGUUUUCACGUCUUCGACCAGGGACGCUUCGCCAAGGAGGUUCUGCCAAAGUACUUCAAACACAACAACAUGGCGAGCUUCGUUCGACAGCUCAACAUGUACGGUUUCCGUAAAGUGGUGAACAUCGAGCAAAGCGGCCUCGUGAAGCCUGAGAGAGACGAUACGGAGUUCCAGCAUCUUUACUUCCUGCAGGGACACGAACACAUGCUGGAGCACAUCAAGAGGAAGGUGUCCAUCGUGAAAAGUGAGGAGACUAAAGUCCGUCAGGAGGACCUCAGCAAGCUGCUCUAUGAAGUCCAGCUCCUCAGGACACAACAGGACAACAUGGAGUGUCAGAUGCAGGACAUGAAGCAGCAGAACGAGGUUCUGUGGAGAGAGGUGGUCUCACUGAGACAGAACCACACGCAGCAGCAGAAAGCCAUGAACAAGCUGAUUCAGUUUCUGUUCAGCCAGAUGCAGCCCAACACACCCAGCGCUGUGGGCCUGAAGAGAAAGCUGCCCCUGACGUUGGACGACAGCUCGGCCAGCCCUCCGGCCUCCAAGUUCAGCCACAGUCAUCAGGUUGAGUCCAUCCAUGAGCCGUUCUACAUCCACUCUCCCUCAGGUGACCCGGUGUCCUGCUCUGCUGGUGCGCUGACUGGAGGACCAAUCAUAUCCGACGUUACUGAGCUGUCUCAGGCCAGCAUGACCAUUCAGAUGCAGCCCGAUGAGACCAGGGAGGAGUGCCUGAUGAUGAUCAAGGAGGAACCCGAGAGUCCCGGAGUCCGAGGAGGAGGGAAAGGAGGAGGUGUGGGGGGAGGAGAGGCCUCUACCUGUGAGGUGUGCUCCUCUGAGCCUCCAGUCCUCCCUGUCGCCAUGGUGCAGUCGGUCCUGGAGGGGAGGGGUUCAGCAGCCUCCCUGGUGGAGAGGAGGAGCAGGAGACCCCACCUGGACAGAGCUGAGGCGACCGACACCGUGGAGAACGUAGACAUGAGUCUGGAGGAGCUUCAGCAGCUGCUGCUCAGGAGCCAGCAGCCGGGGGCAGAGGCCAGAGUCAGCACCGUUCUGGAUCCUUUCGGUCUGAGCCUUCCACUUAAUGAGUGGAACUUCACAGAGAUGGAGUCCAACCUAAAAUCAUACAUGUUCCAGAACCAGGAAGCAGAAGCUUUUCCUGCUGCAGGCUGUGAGGAACAGUGACUCUGACGUGUGGACGGUCCUUUUUUGAAGUGAAAAGCUGCAGGAACUGCUGCUCCUCUCAUUAUUCCACCCCACAUGAGUCUGAUCCCAAGGCCACGCCAGCCUGUUUCUUUUCCACUCUCUAUCCUG